GUUGUCGCCCAGCAGAGAGGAAGCAUGAACUUCACAGCACUCUGCGCUGCUCUUGCUGUUGUGAGAAUCCUUCCGAACAGAUCUCAGUUCUUUCUGCACGAUUCGGUUACGCUGAGCUGUGUGGACAGUGAAAACUCUUCCGACUGGACAUUGAAGAGAAACACGGCCAAGAACCAAAAGACAGACUGGGGAAAGAGAAACGGGUCACAGCGUAUAAUAGAUGCUGUUUAUCCGUUUGACAGUGGGCGGUACUGGUGUGAGUCUAGAGCCGGAGCGCGCAGCGAGAUCAUUAAUGUUACUGUGACAGACGGCCCUGUGAUCCUGCAGAGUCCUGUCCUUCCUGUAGCCGAGGGGGAAGCAGUGAUUCUGCGUUGCAUCCAUAACCAGGCCUCUUCCUCCUCCAACUUUACGGAGUUUUAUAAAAACGGCCUCCUGAUCGGAAGCAGCUCAACUGGGAGCUUCACUAUCCGAGAUGUUUCCGAGUCUGAUGAAGGCCUCUACAAAUGUAACAUUACAGGAGCAGGGGAAUCCCCAGAGAGUUGGCUGUCAGUCAGAGGAUGCCAGCUAGACUCCUUUCACUUUCAUCCCAUGUACGUGUUACUUCCUGUUGUUGCCACCUGCCUCUUGUUUGUCUGUGGGAUGCUGCUAUGUCUAAGGAGGAUUGUCGAAGCUGAAGUGGAUGAUGACGUUUCCUACACUGACGUCACCUUCCUACACAAAGAGGCGCCGAAGACAAACUCAGAGACGACUUCAGAGCUAAAGCUGUACUCAACAAUCAAACCAGGAAACUGCUGAAAGGAACCCACCUGAUGCGAUCACAGCCAUAUUCUUUGUUGGAUCUUUAUGUGUUUUAUGUAGUAAGUAUUGUG